CCACCUAACUUCUUACAGCUUUGCCUGUCAGACAACGUUAUGGCUUUCAUUUUGCCAAUUGAACUCUGCGAGAAGCAGUGGAAGUAAGCGGACAGCAUGGCUGCGGAAGGCGAGAAAAAACGACUCUUGGAGAUGGUCCAGGCUGAUGGGGCAGAUGAGGGCUCCGUCACAUUUGUGAUGCAUGAUGAAGACCAUACCCUGGGAAACUCCCUGCGAUACAUGAUCAUGAAAAAUGAGUGCGUUGAGUUCUGCGGCUACACCAUCACACACCCAUCUGAAAACAAGAUCAACUUUCGCAUUCAGACCAAAGAUGGAACUCCAGCCAUUGAGCCUCUUAGGAGGGGCCUAAAUGAGCUCUGUGAUGUUUGUCAACAUGUUCUCAACACCUUUGAGGCCAGAGUAAACGAGUCCCAAGAGAAGCAGGAGCAACCCAUGGAGUGAAAGAAGAUCAUCAUGCAAAUUGACGUCAUCCGUAUCUUCCUGUGAAUAUGUUAUUUAUGUUUUUUUUUAACAUAUACAUUAUAUAAGUCAUGGCUCAUUCCAACAUUUGUACAGGUUCUGUUUUUGUGAGCAAAUUACAUUUUUGUAUUUGAUCUUGAAUUGUUGGCAUGUGGAGUAAAAACAUGACAUCAAACUUAAGAA